AUGUCCAACAAGUCCGUCCACAUUCCGUUUCUCAGUGAAGAUGAAAAAGUCUUUUUAAACACUACUGCAACAUUCAGCCAAGUACGAAGGAUGUCGCAUAGCGCUGAGCAAUGCAACAGUGUCAGACCCAGCAUGGAAGACAACACCCAUACACAUCAUCAGCAGCGCCAUCGACGAAACCAAGUUGUCUCUGUCUCUUCAUUAGCAUUACUAUGGAAACGUAGAGAUUCUUCUACAUCCACAUGCUCCUCGUCCUCAUCAUCGUCAUCAACGGGCCAUACUAUGGCUGCUGGAUCAGUCGCCAGCAUGGAUCAAAAUUCAAACAUGACAUCUCAUUAUAUUGCGGAAGAGGAAGACUAUCCAGAAGCAUGCUGUCCUAAAUCACCCAAAGCAAGAGCAUUGGAGUCAUUGAUCUUUGAACAGCCUCAAAGAACAGUUCGAUUAAGUCUAACACCUGGUUGUGCUGUUUAA